AGCAAAGCAAAUUACAUACGGCAUUUGUGGAUUGGUCGUCGUAUUUAGAGAUAUUUAUUUAGUAAAUUAAAAACUAAAAACUCACAAUUAUAUUUAUUAAUUAAAAUAAAAUGCUCUUCGAAGUCUUUAUUUUACUGGUAGUACUCCCGUUAUUCUUUCUCACGUUGCUACUGUUCGGAGCCUUCGUGAUCAUCCCGGGCGCCUUUAUUUUCGCGUCAUGGUACAUGCGAAUCUACGAGCGGAAGAAACAGCGGAGGCUGCGUGAUGGGCCCAACUUGGCGUUCUUUCACCCGUAUUGUAAUGCCGGGGGUGGUGGAGAGCGGGUACUAUGGGUGGCUAUAAAGGCCAUUUUGACAAGAUACCCAGACACCAAUAUAUACAUUUACACAGUGGAUACGGCAGAGCCUCAGACGAUUGCCAACAAAGUGCAGAAUACAUUUAAUGUCAAAGUUGAUGCAAGCAAACUUAACUUUAUUAGGUUGGUAUCAAAACGGGCAAUAGAGGCAAGCUCAUACCCUUACUUCACACUGCUGAUGCAGAGCCUGGGCUCCAUGGUGAUGGGCUUGGAGGCCUUCAUGAAGUUCAAUCCAGAUAUCUUCAUAGACACAACAGGGUAUGCCUUCACCUAUCCAAUCUUCCGAUACCUAGCACAAUGCCCGGUGGGCACAUACACCCACUACCCUAUCAUCACUAAGAGUAUGAUGCGGCGCGUGCAGCAGCGAAUCGUCUCCUACAAUAACAGGGGGAUUAUAGCCAGGAAUCCUGUGUUCACUUGGUGCAAGCUGUUAUACUAUAAAGCUUUUGGUUGGCUGUAUGGGAUCGUGGGGCGCUGCGCUGACGUGGUGAUGGUGAACGGGACAUGGACGGAGGACCACAUCAACGACUUGUGGGACUCGCCCUUCAAGACGCACCGAGUCUAUCCACCUUGCGAAGUAACAGAGCUGAAGCAGCUACGAUCUCUAGUCAAAGACACGGAUCCGAUCCGGAUACUGUCUGUGGCGCAGUUCAGACCCGAGAAGGAUCAUCCGCUCAUGCUACAAGCUAUAUACGAGUUAAGAAAUCUGCUGGUUAAGAACGAAGUCCUUUGGCACAAGGUUAAGCUGGUAUUCGCCGGCGCGUGUCGUAACGCAGAAGACGAGGAGCGUGUCCAAAACCUCAAAGAUUUGGCCAAGCAUCUGUCUCUCGAGAGCAGCGUCCAGUUCGUCGUGAACGCUCCCUACGCGCAGCUGCUGCAGUUGUACCAGACGUGCAGCAUAGGGCUGCAUGCUAUGUGGAACGAGCAUUUUGGAAUCAGUGUAGUAGAACUGAUGGCAGCAGGUCUGAUCACCAUCGCGCACCGGUCCGGCGGUCCCCUCGCCGACAUCGUCGAAACAACUGACACUAGUCGAACCGGCUUCCUGUGCUCUGAGGCCGAUGAGUACGCUCGCGCCAUACUUGAAGUCAUAGCUCUAGCGCCUGAGGAGCGACAGCGAAUCAUAGACGCUGCACGGGCAUCUGUCGAUCGUUUCUCCACUUUGGAGUUUGAGAAGACCUUCCUUCGGGUGGCAGAACCUCUUAUGAAGCUCCAUUCGUAGAAUUAUGAAUAUAAUUACUGAUACUUAAACUUUUGAACGCCACGUCUGCUUCCUCUAGACUAUCGGCGAUGAUCGUUGAUAAUAUCGGCAAGAUCAUCGUGCAAGCAUCAUCUAUCAUCACUGAUAGUGUAGAGCAGCCAUUACGACAACAUUCGCGAUGACGCACCGCACACGUGGCUCCUCUACAGUCUACACUAUCGGCGAUGAUAGACGAUGACUGGUGGACACGAUAGUGUAGAGAGAGCCAGUGCCGGCCCGAGUCCUUGAUCAGGGUAGAGCGAAAUGGGGUUUUGGCGCCCUUCGUUAAACCUACCCUACACCCUACCUACUACCAAACUUUGGUGUACUACCAAAAGAUAGAUAUAACUCCGAAAUAGAUGGAUACAGUCUAAGGAAAAAACGUGCCUCGAAAAUCAAGAAAAUUUGAUUCUCAUUCAGAGGGCGCUACUAGCUUUGGCCUACUGUCGUAUAGAUGGCGUUGACGGUUUCGUUUGUUAUCAAUUUUAACGCAUAUCAGUGAAAGAACAUGGGUCAAAAUCAUAAAAAUAAUUAAUGCAAAUAAAAAAAAUCAUUUAUCCAUAUUUAAAUACAUUUUAUCGUAUUUUUAUAAAUCUUCAUUUUUAGUUUUAAAGUGUGUCGACAGAUGGCAGUGAAUUUACUAUGACAGUACCGCUCUAGUAUAAGUUACUCUAUGCUACUACCUAGCCUACCGUUAGCUUUUACCCUUUUUUUUCUCAUUUGCCAUUUUGGCGCCCCCCUUGCCAUCCGGCGCCUAGAGCGGCCGCUCCACUCGCUCUACCCUAGAUCCGGCCCUGGAGAGAGCAUACUCGGCAGUCCCCGCCUGUCAUCAUCUGUCAUCGCCUGCUACCCGUGAGUUGUCGGUUUUUUGGGCACGCAUCAAAGGGAAUGCGUUGUGGGUGCCGGGUCAGGCGAUCAUGUGGAUGCUUACACGAUGAUCUUCACGAUGAUACUAUCAACGAUCAUCGCCGAUAGUGCUGAGGAGGCAUAAUGUACGGCACGAAGGUUUUUGGGCUGUAGCCGCGCCACUAUUUUUGUUACACAUUGUAUGUAUAGUCAUUUUAGUUUAUACUAAUCAAGUCAAAUGCGUUUUGAGUGAGUAGAUAAAAAAACGUACCUAUUAUAUGGUUUGCUCACGUUUGCUAAGUUUAGAAAGAGAUAAAUACACUCAAAAUUCACUAUUUCCAGUGCUAAGCAUCAAAUAGUAAUACUUAUCUUUUAUGAAAUGUUCCACUAAUUUUAAGUGUAAUUAAGUUUUUAAAUAAAA